AUGAGUGCAACUAUUAAGUUAGAAAAAACUGACCGUAGGGAUACCUUGGUCGAUAUUGAAAAGAAAUAUCAAAAGCUUUGGGCAGAAGAAAAACAAUUCGAAAUCAAUGCUCCAACUAUUGAAGAAGAUCCUACUGAUGAUGCUGAAGAAUUGAGAAGAAAACAUCCAAAAUACUUCAGUACUAUGGCAUACCCAUAUAUGAAUGGUAUCUUACAUGCUGGACACUCUUUCACUUUAUCUAAGGUUGAGUUUGCAACUGGUUUCGAAAGAAUGGAUGGUAAAAGAGCUUUAUUCCCAUUAGGUUUCCAUUGUACUGGUAUGCCAAUUAAAGCUGCUGCUGAUAAGAUCAAAAGAGAAAUCGAAGAAUUUGGUGAAGAUUUUUCAGGAGCUCCUGCACCAGAUGCCGAAGAAGAACCAGCUGCUCCAAAAGAAGCAGUUAAAAAGGAUGAUCCAACCAAAUUUGCUGCUAAGAGAUCAAAAGUUGUUGCUAAACAGGGUAGAGGUAAGUACCAAUUUGAAAUUAUGUUACAAUUAGGUCUUGAAAAAUCCGAAGUUGCCAAGUUUGCUGAUCCUAAUUACUGGCUUCAAUACUUCCCGCCUUUAACUCAAAAACACGUUACUGAAUUUGGUGGUAGAGUUGAUUGGAGACGUUCAAUGGUUACUACCGAUGCUAACCUCUAUUACGAUGCUUUUAUUAGAUGGCAAAUUACUAGACUUAGAGAUUGUGGUAAAAUCAAAUUCGGUGAAAGAUAUACCAUUUACUCUGAGAAAGAUGGUCAAGCUUGUUUAGAUCAUGACAGACAAUCUGGUGAAGGUGUUAACCCCCAAGAAUACACUGGUAUCAAAAUUGAAAUCACUGAAUUUGCUGAUCAAGCUAAAGCUUAUCUUGCUGAACAAAAAUUCGAUAUAAGCAAUAAAAAGAUCUAUUUGGUUGCUGCUACUUUAAGACCAGAAACUAUGUAUGGUCAAACUUGUUGUUUUGUUUCUCCAAAGAUUGAUUAUGGUAUUUUUGAUGCUGGUAACGGUGAAUAUUUCAUCACCACUACCCGUGCUUUCAAAAAUAUGUCAUACCAAAACAUCACUCCAAAGAGAGGUGAUUAUUCUGCUGCUCUUGAAAUUAAUGGUGCUACUUUGAUUGGUUCUAAGAUUCACGCUCCAUUAGCUCACUUUAAGGAAUUACGUGUUUUACCAAUGGAAACCAUUUUAGCCAACAAAGGUACCGGUGUUGUUACCUGUGUUCCAUCUGAUUCUCCAGAUGAUUACAUUACUACCAAAGAUUUAGCCAACAAGCCAGAAUAUUAUAAGAUUGAAAAAGAUUGGGUUCAAACUGAUAUUAUUUCCAUCAUUAAAACCGAAAAGUAUGGCGACAAAUGUGCUGAACACUUAGUCAAAGAAUUAAAAAUUCAAUCACCAAAAGAUUCCGUUCAAUUGGCUGCUGCUAAAGAAGCUGCUUACAAGGAAGGUUUCUACAAUGGUGUUAUGGCUUAUGGUAAAUACUCUGGUGAAAAAGUUGAAGUUGCCAAGGCUAAAUGUAAGAAUGACUUAAUUGAAUCAGGCGAAGCUUUUGUCUAUAAUGAACCAGAAGGUCAAGUUAUUUCUAGAUCCGGUGAUGAAUGUAUCGUUUCUUUAGAAGAUCAAUGGUAUAUCGACUACGGUGAAGAUUCUUGGAAAUCACAAGCUUUUGAAUGUUUAGAACACAUGCAAACUUUCUCAAAAGAAACCAGAAAUGGGUUUGAAGGUGUCUUAGACUGGUUAAAGAACUGGGCCGUUACCAGAAACUUCGGUUUAGGUACCAGAUUACCAUGGGAUGAAAAAUAUUUAGUUGAAUCAUUAUCUGAUUCUACUAUUUAUAUGGCCUAUUAUACUAUCUCAAGAUUUUUACAUUCUGAUUACUUUGGUAAAGAAAAAGGUGUUUUUGACAUUAAACCCGAACAAAUGACUUAUGAUGUUUUUGAUUAUAUUUUCAGUCGUCGUGAAAAUAUUGAAACUGAUAUCCCAUUAGAACAAUUAAAGGCUUUAAGAAGAGAAUUCGAAUACUUUUAUCCAUUAGAUGCAAGAGUUUCUGGUAAAGAUUUAAUUCCAAACCAUUUAACUUUCUUUAUUUACAGUCAUGUUGCUUUAUUCCCAAAACAAUUUUGGCCAAAGGGUGUUAGAGCUAAUGGACAUUUAUUAUUAAAUAAUGCCAAAAUGUCCAAAUCAACUGGUAACUUUUUAACUUUGGAACAAAUUGUUAAGAAGUUUGGUGCUGACGCUUCCAGAAUUGCUUUAGCUGAUGCUGGUGACACUAUUGAAGAUGCUAAUUUUGAUGAAGCCAAUGCCAAUGCUGCUAUUUUACGUUUAACUACUUUAAAAGAAUGGUGUGAAGAGCAAGUUAAAAACCAAGAUUCAUUAAGAGAAGGUGAAUAUACUUCAUUCUUUGACGAAGCUUUUGAAAAUGAAAUGAAUGAUUUGAUUGAAAAGACUUAUGAACAAUACAGCCUUACUAAUUAUAAAUCAGCAUUGAAAUCUGGUUUAUUUGAUUUCCAAACUUCCAGAGAUUAUUAUAGAGAUUCUCUUGCUUCAACCAUUGGUAUGCAUAAAGAUUUGGUAUUCAAAUAUAUUGAAUAUCAAUCUUUAUUAUUAGCUCCCAUUGCUUCCCAUUUUGCUGAAUACCUUUAUAGAGAUGUUUUAGGUAAAAAAGAUUCAGUUCAAAAUGCUAGAUUCCCAAGAGCCAGUAAACCAGUUUCUCAAUCAUUAAUUGAUUCUUUAGAUUACGUUAGACAAUUAGCUAGAGCCAUUCGUGAAACUGAAAUUAAUGCUUUGAAAGCUAAAAAGGGUAAAGCUGAUAUCACCUCCGAUAAACCAACUAAACUUACCAUUUUAGUUUCUACCUCAUUCCCAGAAUGGCAAGAUAAUUAUAUCGAUAUCGUUAGAGACUUAUUUGAAAAACAAUCCUUGAAUGAUAACAAACUCAUUAAAGAAAAAGUCGGUAAAGAUAUGAAACGUGCCAUGCCUUUCAUUUCCUUAUUAAAGGCAAGAUUAACUAAAGAAGACCCUGCUGUGGUCUUCAAUAGAAGAUUAACUUUUGAUGAAGUCUCCGUUGUCAAGAGUGUUUUGAAAAACAUUGAGAAAUCUUCUACCACUGUCGAGUUCAAAGAAAUCGAAAUCAUUGCUUUCCCUCACGGUGCUACCAGCGGUAAAAACAUUCUUACCGGUGACGAUGUUGAAAUCUCAAUCAAGGGUAAGGUCAUCGAUAACGCUAUCCCUGGUGAACCAGGUAUCUUGAUCAAAAACAUUGAUUAAGUCCUAGUCGUAUCGCUCUCUUGACCUUGUUUUUGCUCUACUCUACGUCAUUUCCUUAAAUUUCCUUCUGUUAAUAGUCAAUUCUGUCUAGCCCGUACCUGUAACUUUUAC